GAACAAGGGAAAAUGCUGGUUGUCGUUCUGCUCCUCUUUUGUCUCGGUGAGACUGAGUCCGCUGGGGACUCGUACGUGGCUGCUGUGUACGAGCACAGAGUCAUCCUGAACCCGAACCCUAGGGUCCCCGUGACCCGUCGCGAAGCCCUGAUCCACAUGCAGAAGAACCUGGACAUCUACGAAGAGCAGGCUGCUAAAGCUGCACAGCAGGGAGUCCAGAUACUUGUGUUUCCAGAAGACGGUAUUCACGGUUUUAACUUCACCCGUUCAUCCAUUUCCGGAUACUUGGAAACCAUUCCUGACCCUCAGGAGGAGAGCUGGAACCCCUGCACCGAGCCUGACAAAUACAACAACACUGAGGUUCUCCAGCGACUGAGCUGCAUGGCCCGUGGCAACAACCUCUACCUGGUGGCAAACAUGCCUGAUCUGCAACCCUGUCCCUUGAAGACAGCCCCGUCCACAUGCCCCCCUGAUGGACACUGGCAGUUCAACACCAAUGUGGCUUUCAAUUCUGAUGGUCUGCUGGUGGCACGGUACCAUAAAUAUAACCUCUUUUUUGAAAAAUCCUUUGACACGCCUCCAAAGCUUGAACUCAUCACAUUUGAUACGCCCUUUGCUGGAAAGUUUGGUCUCAUCAUCUGCUUUGACAUCCUGUUCCACGAUCCCACAGUAGCCCUGGUGAAAAUGGGUGUGCGUCAGCUGAUUUUCCCCACAGCGUGGAUGAAUGAGCUCCCCCUUUUGGACUCGAUCCAAUUUCACAGGGCCCUCAGUCUUGGGGCCAAUGUUACGGUUCUGUCUUCAAACCUUCGUAAUGACCAGCUCAGAAUGACAGGAAGUGGUAUCUACACCCCAUUUUCUGCUACCUUCCACCACGCCGUGAAGGGAGACCCAGAGGAGGGCCGACUGCUUGUGGCCACAGUCCCGGUCUUAGGUCCAGUUGGGAUGAAAGAUGUGACUGAAUCAAUGUCACCUGUGCCUGCAGAGUCUGAUUACUGCCACACAGAUCGCUGUGCUGAUUCCCCUUCACCUGCUUCCUCUGACCCCACCUUCAUAGGAACCAUGAUGCAUGACCCAUUUAAAUUUGUCCUCAUAAAGGAGGCAGAAGGCAAUCUCACAGUGUGUGAUGGUAAAUUCUGCUGCCACCUUCAGUACAAGUGGACGGCACAUGACGAAAGGAAGGAACUGUAUGCAUUGGGAGCAUUUGCAGGAACGCACACCGUUGAUGGACGAUACGCCUUGCAGGUAUGUGCAGUAGUCCGCUGUGCAGGACUGGAGGCCAGCUCAUGUGGGCAGAAAGUGGAGGAGGCGGAGUCUAAGAUGGACUUCCUGUUGGAGGCAACUUUCCAGACAGAUUACGUGUACCCUUCAGUUCUGGUGAACCGCCUGGCGCUGGAGCAACCUGAUAAGCUGGAGAAAGCAACAGGUGGGAGAUUGGCCAUGAAACACUCCAACCUGAGCGGAGGCCUGAUCACUGCCUGUCUGUACGGACGAAUGUACCAGCUGGAUAAUGAAUGAUCUGCUGUGGAAUACCAGAGAGAUACUUCUAUUGAGUUCUGAUUGAGAUUAUGGAUGACAGACCUCACAUCUUGUGAUGUACAAACUAAAUAAAACAAAUCUUUUUAUUCA